UUUUGUUAUAUACAGAUGUCUCCAAAUGUGCUCAGCCGGCAAGGAGUCUAUCGCGCCCAAAUGUUGCCUGUCCUCGUAGCGAUGGCGGUUCUGGCGCCGGCGGGCGUGGUGGGCGUGGCGGGUCGCGACGCCGCGCCCGUGGUGGCGGUGGCGGAGGGGCGCGUGGCGGGCGUGACGGAGACCUCCACGAAGGGCAGAGAAUUCCACGCCUACUACGGCGUCCCCUUCGCCAGGCCGCCCCUGGGGGAGCUCAGGCUUAAGGACCCAGUGAAGGCAGAGAGCUGGGAGGGCGUGCGGGACGGGACCCAGAUGCCCUCUCCGUGCCUCCUCGUGCCCUUCGGCGCCGCUGUCAUGGGCAUCACGAUGACCCCGGAGGAACUGCACGGCGAUGAGGACUGCCUCUACCUGAACGUCUUCAUGCCAAAGAGAAUGGAGCCUGUCGAGAGACUCCCGGUCAUGGUCUGGAUCCACGGGGGAGGAUUCUUCGCUGGCGGCGCCUACGAGUACCUGCCUCACGUCCUCAUGAACCACGACAUUGUGCUGGUAGUUGUGCAGUACAGACUCGGCAUCAUGGGAUUCUUGUCCACGGAGGAUGAAGUGAUGCCCGGGAACUUCGGGAUGAAAGACCAAGUCAUGGCUCUCCGCUGGGUGCAGGACAACAUCCACAACUUCGGGGGCGACGCCGCCAGGGUCACCAUCUUCGGGGAGAGCGCGGGGGGCGCCUCCGUCCACCUGCACAUGCUGUCGCCCAAGUCAAGGGGCCUCUUCUCUGGGGUCAUCAUGCAGUCGGGAACGGCCUUGUCGCCGUGGGCUCACCGGGAACAGCUAAGAUAUGUGGCAGAAGAAGUGAGUAAAUCUGUCGGGUGUGGAGAAGGCCUCAACAGCCAGGAGAUUCUUACCUGUCUCCAGCAGACGGAUGGCCGCAGGUUGGCCGCCACCUUCCAGGAUUUCUUGAAAUGGUUCGUCUUGCCAAUGGUAACUACUCCUCGCAUUGAUGGGGAUUUCCUGCCCGAUGAUCCGGCGCGUCUGAUGCGUGAUGGGGAGUUCCACCACGUGAAUCUUAUGGCUGGGAUCACAAGAGACGAUGGAGCCAUUGUAGCACAAUCCUUGCUACUCCGCGAAGACCAGCUAGGUGCCUUGCAAGAAAACUUCUCAGCCAUCGGUCCAGUGAGCAUGAUGGUCGGACCCGAAGUCCCAGAUCCCAUCGAGUUUAGCACAAGGGCUUACCAGCACUAUCUUGGCGACUUGACCUUCGAUCUUGAACGCAUGGAAGAUCUCACACGGUUGUAUACAGACUACACUUUCGGGAUACCGCACGACCUGACGACCCUCUACCAUGCACGGGUUCCAGGCAUCGAAACCUACCGCUACGAGCUCAUGCACCGAGCCGAAUUGUCCUUCGGGGAUUUCUUAGAGACAGACAAAGGGCGUCACUGGAUUCCUCACGCUGACGACCUGUUCUACCUGUUCGCCGGCGGGCCGCUCCUCGCCCCCGACCACCUGGCCGGCCGCCCCUCGGACCUGCGGAGCCAGGACGACCUCCGCCUCAGGGACGUCGUCACGACCAUGUGGACCAACUUCGCUGCCACGGGCAAUCCGACCCCCGACGACUCCCUAGGGUUCAAGUGGGAAGCGGCGACCGAGGACGCCCUCCGCUACCUCGCCCUCACGCCCUCGCCCGCCAUGGAGGCCGACCAGCGACAGGAGGUGCGGAAUUUCCACGCUUCUCUGCCGACGAAAAUGAACCGAAUCCUCCAUCCUGAACGCAUCGUCUCGGGGAAGAAAUCCUCGCCACGUCCUUCCCAGGAUGAGCUGUAGUCCUCCGCUUGCAAGGUUUAUUCACUGCAAGAACUGUUCGUGAUAGCAGUACAAAGUUGUGAUAUAUUUUCAGGGUAUAUUUGUAAAAACAAUAACUCAUGAUGAACGUUUAUGAUUUAAUUGAUGAUUUAUUGUUCUCCUGAUAAAAUAUUUAGUAUUGCGAUGGGU